GGCCGGGCCGGGCCGAGCCGAGCCGAGCGGGGGCGGCCGGGAGGCGUGCACCGGCGGCGGAGAGCGGGACUGGUGGCCGCCGUCAGCGCGGCGGGUAGUGGAGCGGGAACAUGGCGAGCGUCGGCAACGGCACGGAGGAGAACGGCGGCGAGGAGGAAAAUUUUGAAGAUGCCUUUGAAAACAUCCCUGUGGCAUCCAAAAUGGAUCUCAAGACUGCUCUGGAAGAAUGUUCAAUGGCACUGAAUUUAUUUCUAAACAAUAAGUUCUCUGAAGCCCUGGAAUUACUUCGUCCAUGGUCUAAAGAUAGUAUGUACCAUGCCCUUGGAUACAGCACUAUUUUAGUUAUGCAAGCUGCUAUGACCUUUGAACAACAGGAUAUACAAAUGGGAAUUUCUACAAUGAAAGAAGCUUUGCAAACCUGCCAAAGAUUCAGGAAAAGAAACACAGUGGUAGAGUCCUUGUCCAAUCUAGUUUCUAAACAGUCAGUGGAUCAGUUGAGUGAAGAGGAAAUGCAUGCUGAAAUCUGCUAUGCUGAAUGUUUACUGCAGAAAGCAGCUCUCACCUUUGUACAGGAUGAAAAUAUGAUCAACUUUAUCAAAGGUGGCCUCAAAAUUAGGACAAGUUAUCAAAUAUACAAAGAAUGUCAUCAGGUGCUACAGGUGACUCAGGGGAACAAAAGCAAAAAUGAAACUUAUCACCAAUUUGAAGGAGGAGUAAAACUUGGAAUCGGAGCAUUCAAUUUGAUGCUGUCACUUUUACCAGGAAGGAUCCUCCGACUUUUAGAAUUUAUUGGAUUUUCUGGCAAUAGGGAGUUAGGCCUCCAUCAACUACAGGAAGGUGCAUCUGGCAGCAGUUUGAGGGCCAUUUUGUGUACUUUCACCCUGCUGGUUUAUCAUACUUACGUCUCCUUAAUCCUUGGUACAGGGGACACCAACCUUGAGGAAGCAGACAGUCUCCUCGAACCCUACCUCCAGAAGUUUCCAAAUGGUUCCAUUAUUCUCUUUUAUGCUGCCAGAAUAGAUAUACUGAAAGGAAAUUUUGAAAAGGCACAGUUAACGUUCCAGGAAUGCAUAGCAGCCCAGCAAGAAUGGAAGCAGAUUCAUCAUCUCUGUUACUGGGAACUGAUGUGGUGCUACACAUUCCAGCAGAACUGGCUUCAAGCGUAUCGGUAUGCAGACCUGCUCAGCAAAGAGAACAGGUGGUCUAAGGCAAUAUAUGUAUUCCAGAAAGCAGCAAUUUUAUGUAUGCUUCCAGAGGAAGAUUUGAAAAGGACUGGUGAGGACAUUGUGUCUUUGUUCAGACAAGUGGAAGGUCUAAAACAGAGAAUUGCGGGAAAAUCUAUCCCAACUGAGAAGUUUGCAGUAAGGAAAGCUCGGCGCUAUGCAUGUUCUCAACCAGUGAAGCUGAUAUUACCUGCCUUGGAAAUGAUGUACGUUUGGAAUGGCUUUGCAAUUGUGGGCAAAAGAGCAGACCUCACUGAAAAUUUAUUGGUAACAAUUGAAAAAGAAGAAACUGCUCUACAAAACGAAACUAACCACAGUGAAUACUAUAUGGAUGACAUGUGCAUGUUGCAGCUACUGAAGGGUCUCUGCCUUAAACACUUGGGAAGACUCAUGCAAGCUGAACUGUGUUUCAAUCAAGUAAUUCAAAGUGAGAAGCAAAUAAAAUAUGAUAGCUAUUUGGUGCCAUUCACCAUGUAUGAAUUGGGUCUUCUGUACAAACAACAGGAUGAGAGAGAAAAAGCAGUAAGAUACAUAGAAACUGCAAAAAACAACUACAAAGAAUACUCCAUGGAGUCCAGGUUGCACUUCAGGAUUCAUGCAGCACUUGACAGCUUGAAAGUGUCGCCUGCUUCAACACCUUGAAUGAGGAGGGAUGCUUUUCAUGCAUACAAUGCAUACAAUAGUCUACACAAUGUUUUUGCAAUCUUUUUUAAAUCUUUGAAAAGAAACAAUAAUGAUUAUUUUCUGUCAUCUCUGAUUUGACGUAUGUCAUUCCUUUUGACUGUUCUUUUUCUGUAUGGCUCAUAUACUAUAUCUACGUGAUACUUUAAAUAAUACCUUAUAUUUUGUUUGAUAAAAAUAAUUUAAUAUUUGACCUGAUGGGGGAUAUUUAAAAAACAGUUGAUGGUGCAAUAAAGUUUAAUUCAAACACUUUAUUUUUUAUAAGAAAACAGAUGCUGGCUAUGCAGUGGAACUUGUGAUAAUUUCAGCCUUUUGUGAAGGUUUGAUUUUCUGCAGUACACUUGAGACCUUUUUGCCUCUGGAACAACAAUGCAAUGGCAGCAGAUAACCUUCAUCCAUAUUUGGCAUACCAGAUUCUGAAAUUUGUGUUCCAGAGGAAAAAAAUCAUCAUCUUUGACUUAAUUUCAUUUUGGGAACAAAAUGAAUUUGUCCGAAGUGCAAUAUUUUUAUUGUAUCUUUUAAAGUAAUGUUAAGCAGGGCUACAGGUGUAAAAUCUCUGCAGCUCUAUUUCACUUGAAAUAUGAGAUCACAGGGGACAUGUCUCAGUCACAGAGAAGCAGGGCUACUAGGGACAUUACAAGGUCAUCUAUUCUAUAUUACUGCCCUAAGGCAGAAUCAAGCCUUAUGUUAUUCCUCACAGGUACUUGUUUAAAUUGUUUAAUAACCAAAAAGCAAAUGGACUAAAACAACCAAAAAACAAAACAAAAA